UUGGGAGUGAUGUGCGGGCGCCUAUGUGGACCUGGCAUACACACUGAGUCAGCUCAUAGAACAGAUGAAGACAAGAUUUUACAUUAUUUGAACACGCUGUCUGCACAAGAAAUGAGACAGGAGAAAAAUAUCUCCCUGAGGUUGUCUGAACUGCUGUGUCAGUAUCGAGAAUUAAAUGGCCCAUUUCAAACACUGAAGGAUGUAGAAAAGAUCAAGUACAUUGGAUUCAAAAGCUUUAAAACUCUAUGUGAAAGACUAACAGCUGGUAGUGUUAAAACUCAGAAAGUCAGCAUGGAUAGUGAAGAUUCAUUUUGGAAGUACAUUAGCCCAGAAUUGACACCACAAUUUAUUCAGUCCAUUGCCACUGUAACCAGUCUGGAAUUCAGCUUAGAUUCUGUGUAUUUCUCAACGAUUACGCAAGAUUUGCAAGUCCUAGACUGGAACCAUAUAAACCUGCUUACAUCCAACUGUCAGAAACAGACACCGUCACACAUUUUGGAUGAGGCAGUCCGUGUUUAUAAGCAUCUUCCUAAGUCAAGUAUUAUUUUAAUUGAAAAUCGCGUGUCAAGGAAGAUCACCACAGCAUACUUACAGUACCUGUUAUUUAUUGCACGCCUACAGAUGGCCUUGCAGACAUUAAUUAACGAAGAUCUUACCACGAGCGGACAGCAUAAAGUUUUCCACAUCAAGGACUCAUUUGUCACAAAAUCAUUUCAUCUUCGUAUUGGCGGUGAAAGAGUCAGUGGUCAGAAUAUUGUACAACAAAUACAAGAGUAUGAAUUUUCUCCUGCUGUUUCAGCUGCUGCGAAAUUCUGGCACAGAUAUAACGAACUUGACCAGGAUGUUGUGAAAGAGAGAUACGCAAAUUGUUUGUUAUUGUCCCUGGCCUUUUGCAGGCAAGUGUUUGUGAACAAGUCAUUAAGUAGUACAGAUAGAAUACAGCAGUAG